GCUCCUCUGACCGUCCGCACCGCACUCCGAGUCCGCACGCCGCCGAGCCCGUCCGCGGCCGCGAAGUGAACUGUGUCCGGGGCGAGCGCUCCCUGCCAUGCGCUGGCCGUGAGCCGCCAGCCAGCGCCUCUCAACAUGCCGCGCGUGAAGCCCGCCUGCGUCCGCCGCGUCUCCAUCGGUGAAAGUUCGGGGUCGUGUUCUGAAGAAGAGAUAAAUAAUGUUCUACCGGAAGAUGGCAGAGACCGUCCAGAGACGCAUAUGUGUCCGCGAUGUCAGGAACAGUUUGAUAACUUUAACGAUUUCUUAUACCAUAAGAGACUUUGCGAUGAAAAAGCAAUUCAGAUGGGUGAAGAAAGAAUGCACUCGGAUCCCGAAGAUAUGGUUGUAUCAGGGGACGAAGAAAUGGAUAGUCCUAACAAAAGACUAGAACAAGUAAGAAGGCAUCGUCAAGAUGCAGAAAACAAUAAUAGCCUCGAAGACGGAGAGGCUGAAGUACCUGAAGCUGAUGUUCCACCAGUUGGAUUACCCUUCUCGGUGGCUGGUCAUGUAACGCUAGAAGCAUUACAAAAUACUAAAGUUGCAGUUGCACAGUUUGCGGCUACAGCUAUGGCCAAUAAUGCAAACAAUGAGGCUGCUUUACAUGAGCUAGCAGUAUUACAAAGUACGUUAUUUACCCUGCAACAUCAACAAGUUUUUCAACUCCAGUUAAUAAGACAAUUACAAAAUCAGUUAUCAUUAACUAGAAGAAAAGAUGAUCAGCAGCCAAGUCCACCACCUUGUGAACAAGAACCGACCGCUCCAUCGACGCCAGUUCGCUCACCGUCGCCGCCUCGUCCGCCACGGGAGCCAUCUCCUGUUGAACCAGCUCCUCCUACUAGCCAAAGCUUGCCAUCAACCCACUCGCACAUUACGCCUAAGAUGGAACCGAUAUCCAUUCCUAAACCUCCGACCUCAUCUCCACCUAUGAUGUCUCAUCCACCCUAUAGCUCCAUUUCUUCAUCAUUAGCAUCUUCAAUAAUCACAAACAACGAUCCUCCACCGUCCCUAAAUGAACCAAACACACUUGAAAUGCUACAGAAGCGAGCACAAGAGGUACUUGAUAACGCAUCUCAAGGACUUCUAGCGAAUAAUUUAGCUGAUGAACUGGCUUUCCGAAAGUCAGGAAAAAUGUCACCGUAUGAUGGAAAAAGCGGAGGGAGAAAUGAACCUUUCUUUAAGCACAGGUGCAGAUACUGUGGAAAAGUGUUUGGAAGUGAUUCGGCGCUUCAAAUUCAUAUUCGAUCACAUACUGGAGAAAGGCCGUUUAAAUGUAACGUAUGCGGAUCAAGAUUCACUACAAAAGGAAAUCUUAAAGUUCAUUUCCAAAGGCACACGGCCAAAUUCCCUCAUGUUAAAAUGAACCCGAACCCAGUGCCAGAACAUUUAGACAAAUAUCAUCCUCCGCUAUUAGCGCAGCUGUCUCCGGGGCCUAUACCUGGAAUGCCACCACACCCUCUCCAGUUUCCACCAGGUGCGCCUGCACCUUUUCCGCCAAGCUUGCCAUUAUAUAGACCAACGCAUCAUGACCUACUUCCUCCACGGCCACUUGGAGAUAAACCACUGCCACCACAUCCACUUUUUGCAAUGCGGGAAGAACAAGAUGCCCCUGCUGAUUUAAGCAAACCUUCUGCACCCAGUCCUUCCCGGUCGACAUCAGAUAUGUUUAAGUCAGAACCGCAAGACGAAGAAAGUCAACGAGAUUCCAGUUUUGAAGAAACUGACCGAAUAUCACCUAAACGAGAGCCCGAAGAAAAUGAGCCUGUUCAAGAUACAGAACAAGAGCGAUAUCCAUCCACCUCACCCUAUGACGAUUGCAGCAUGGACUCAAAAUAUAGCAAUGAAGAUCAAAUCGGCCGAGAAAGUCCACACGUGAAGCCGGACCCCGAUCAACCGGAAAAUUUAUCAAGUAAGAAUCAGUCGAUAUCUGGACCAAUUUCAAUAGCUACGGGACUUCGUACUUUUCCGUCUUAUCCACUAUUUCCCCACUCUCCUCCAAGUAGCAUCUCCUCAGGUAGUGUAACUCCAUUCCCAAAUAUUCCUAACAGUAUAAUUGACCCAGAUCUCUCUCGCGACCCCAUAAUAUACAAUUCUCUUCUACCACGUCCUGGUAGCAACGACAAUUCAUGGGAAAGUUUGAUAGAAAUUACAAAAACUUCAGAAACAUCUAAGUUGCAACAAUUAGUCGAUAAUAUUGAUAAUAAAGUAUCAGAUCCUAAUGAAUGCAUAGUAUGCCAUCGCGUUCUUUCAUGUAAAAGUGCACUACAGAUGCACUAUCGUACUCAUACCGGUGAACGACCAUUUCGAUGCAAGUUGUGCGGUCGAGCUUUUACUACAAAAGGGAAUUUGAAAACGCACAUGGGCGUCCACCGAAUUAAACCUCCCUCUCAAAUGUUACACCAAUGUCCAGUUUGUCACAGAAAGUUUACUGACCCAAACAUUUUACAUCAACACAUUCGAAUGCAUACGGGCGAUCGUUGCAAUAUUUCUUUUGACCAAGGCACCCGAGAUACUUGCGAUAGUCAAUCAUUCAGUAAUAAUGACUCCGAUAUCACAGACUAUUCUCCAUUUUGCAACAUCCCUACUCCUACCUUUCCAACUCCCUCCACUCCUGGCGACCGAAGGGCGGACUCCCGCGGAACCGACGAUGAGAGCGGCCGUGAAGAGCGCGAGCUUACUACUCGGGAGUUCGACGAUGAAUCUGAAAUAAAGGAUCGUCGAACUUCGCCGCUCUCCGUCUGCGCCACGGCGUCCGAAUGCGAAAUAAAAACCAUCACCACAACGGCUUCCCUCCCAUCGGCGACAGGUUCGGAGAGCGGGCGGAGUGCGCGAGCCUCGCCACCGUCGCCCUCGCCGUCGCCAUCGGCCCUGUCGACGCCGCCGCGCCUGCCGCACCACUCGCCGCUGCCCUCGCCGCCCACGCCCCUGGCUGCGCUCGGUGCUCUCGGCGGAUCGCCCUUCAGCCCGCUCGGACUUGCUUUUCCUCCCGCAGUGCGUGGUAAUACGACGUGUACCAUCUGCUACAAAACCUUUGCCUGCAACUCCGCAUUGGAGAUCCACUACCGAAGUCACACCAAAGAACGUCCGUUCAAGUGCACGGUCUGCGAUAGAGGCUUUUCAACAAAGAGCAGUGGCGGUUGCCAAUGCGGCAGGCGCGCGCGCGCUCCUCGCCCGCCACACGCCACUGCUUUGGACCUCUGGAACGCCUUCGUCUACCCGGGUAACAUGAAGCAACACAUGCUCACGCACAAGAUUCGGGACAUGCCACCGGGCUUCGACAAAAAUGGAAGUGGUCCUACGGGAGCGACGAGCGAGGACGGCCGCGAUCCGAGCCCCGAGAGGCGCUCCUCGCCCGACAAGAUGGACUUGAAGCGGUCUCCGCCCGCGCACCCGCCGCCGCCGAUGAAUCACCCGCCCCCGAUUGACAUGCCGCCUUUACCAAAGAGACUAACAGUACCAAGUGCGCCAGUCCACCCACCGCCGUCAGCGUCGUCGAAGCAUUUAUGCGGAGUUUGCCGCAAGAACUUCUCGUCGUCGUCCGCUCUGCAGAUCCACAUGCGAACCCACACUGGGGACAAGCCCUUCCGAUGCGCGGUCUGCCAGAAAGCGUUCACAACCAAAGGAAACCUCAAGGUGCACAUGGGCACGCACAUGUGGAGCGGCGGCGCGUCGCGGCGCGGGCGGCGCAUGUCGCUGGAGCUGCCGCCGCGCCCGCUGCACGAGCCGCACGACCUGCUGCGGCGCCCCGACCUCUUCUACCCCUACCUGCCCGCGCCUUUCCUUAACGGCAUGCAGCAGAAGCUGAAUGAAAUAUCAGUCAUACAACAGAGCGCUGGACAGAACGGCGUCGCUGGUAAAUUCCCAGGCCUGCUCGGAUUCGGUGCCUUCGGAGCCGGAAGGCCCGGCGCAGCAUCGCCACUAGAGAGGCCGCCGUCAUUGGAGAAUGAUGAGCGCCAAGCCGCUAUGCGUGAACUUGCCGAACGAGGUCGGGAGCUGGCUGAGCGCAGUCGGCAAAUGCGCGAGGAGAGCGAGCACUACCGCUCGCCGCCGGCGCACGCGCCGCACCCCCCGCCGCCCGCGCAGCCCUCCCCGCCCGCGCCGCACCACCCGCACUCGCACCCGCUAGCGUCGCUCCCGCCGCCCGCCCGGACCGAAGGCCUCACCGUUUGAAAUGAUAUCGCCGAGUCGAUAUAUCACUCUAAUAAACCUAUCGAUCGACGAUCGAUCCGAUAAGCCGUGCAUCAGCCACUAGAACUCCUGCAAUGCCCGAUCACAUUCCAAAUAAUCGACUCUCAAGUCUCAGCGGGCUACGAAGAAUCUCUAACUUGCUAAUGGCCAUUGACCAUACCGAGUAUUCUCAAUUAUGUACAAAGAUUAAACUUGAGUACUCAAAGUGAAGGACUGAUAUAUGAAAAAAAAAAUGUUUUAUAAUAGCGUAAGCUAACACGCUAAGUGUAUCGAUGUAUGUAUCGAGUCGUUAUUCCAAGUGUUAUUACGCCUAGUAUUACUAUAAGUAACUUAUAUGCAAGAGUACGGGCCUGGGGCAAUCCGGGGCUCGUAAGAGUCCCACUAUUAUGUCAUUACUCUGUGAUAGUGCACAUGAAGAGGCUGUGUCUUAUGGACAGAAGUAUGGAAACGGUAUCAGAUAUAUUGGAUGCAGUCGAAUGUGCUAUAACAUCAAAAGUAAUUAUAAAUUAUCCCAAAAAUUAAUUAAAUUCAUAAAUCUAUAUAUCGUAAUAAUUAUGUAAAUAAAAUGUAUAAUAUUUAGGUUCGUAAGUAAAAUAGUUUAAUUAAUUAUUAUGCUAUAUCUAUAUUAUGUCUCAACUGGAGUGCGAUAUGCAUGAUUUCUUUAAUACCACAUUCCAAUGUGAAGAGAUUCUUUAGUAAAUUAUUGAAGUGUAUCAAAUGCUGAUGCAUUAUCAAAUUUCAAGUAGGCAGCAAAGUAUUUAUAAGAAUCUUCUUUGGCAACGAAAAAUAUCUGUAUAAGAUUUUAUUGAUGAAUGCAUUAUUUAAAGGAAUGUAUACCUUAUUAACUUAUUCUCGCUCUAAGUACUCAAUAUAUUUACUAUAUUUAAUUACGGUAACAGAGGUUAAUGACAUAUUCAUAUCAUGUAAAUUAAAAAGUAUUUGCAUUUGAGGUCUACAUAGAUUUAAGUGUUUUAGAGUCAUAGCUAUAUUGCUUUAGGAUAUUUCGACAUAUCUUUGUAAAAAUGUAUGUUACUUAUUUUCCAUAAUAAUGAAAGUGUGAACUUCACAGACUGACCGUUUAUUUACGAAAUUUUGUUUCCAAAAAUGUGCAUUUCAAUGUUUGUAACUAAAAGCCGAACUGUAAUACGAUUAUUUAUAAUAUUAUUAUGUUUCAUAGUGAUGUGUUUCGUACUUCUAAAUAGAUGUGUAUAAAUGUUCAGCUAAAUUAUUUAUAUUGUCAAAUCAUGCAUACACUCUUAGAAAUAAAUGAUUGUGAGGCGAUAGGCCUCUACAACAAUUUAGUUGUCUAGUAUAAAUUCUCAUAGCACCUACAAUUUAAUUUUCAUGUUGCGAAUAGAUAUAGCGUAGCGUUAGCCAUGAAUAUGAUGUGUCAUGUCCAUGUCAGUAUAAAUAAUCAAUUGUAAAUUAUUAAAUGUUUAUGUAAAUGUCCAGAAAGUAUUCAAAUUAUUUAAAAAACAAUUAUUAUACUAAUUAA